UUUCACUCUGUCACUCUUCCUCUUCUCUCAGUUCUCUGUAUGUUACCUUCACAAUGCUACUACUCACAGCCCCUCUCUCUUUCCUCCACUCCACAAGGUCUCUCCCUCACGCUAAACCCUCGCCGUCGCCGUCGCCGCCGCGGCCUCUCCCGUUCCUCCACCCGAACUCCCGCCAUCUCCGCCGCCCUAAUUCCAAGGUCGUUCGAGGAGUGAGAUUCGACGGUCCGGUAAUCGAAACCAGCCAAGUGACGGACGCCGGCGACGGCGAUUUAGUCAUCGAGACUUGCCUCACGAGGAAUUUGACUCCGGCGUUGACUCUUCAGCAAGGACUGGAGAGGAUCAAGGAGGCCGUUGAGGAGUUGAAGCUCAAUCCUCCUUCUACUUCUACCGGAAUCCUCCGGUUUCAGGUGGCUGUGCCGCCGUGUGCGAAAGCUUUGAGCUGGUUUUGCUGUCAGCCGGAGCAGUCUGCGGUGUAUCCACUGUUUUUCAUUUCCAAGGAAGCUGAGAAUCUGAGCUAUAAGUCACUCUAUGUGAAUGAAACUCGAGGAGUUUUCGGAAUCGGUGCUUCGAUUUACUUUACACCGUCGAAUUGUUCUUCCAUCAAAAGAAUUAUAUCGAAUGAAUCGGCUAGUGUUAUAGCUUAUGGUUUUAUGGAUAUUAAUUAUGACCUAGAGUCAUCUUGUAUGAAGCAUGAAGCUGGCUCAUAUUACUUUUUUGUUCCUCAGAUUGAAUUACAUGAGCAUGAGGGGUCUUCUAUGUUAGCAGCAACUAUUGGUUGGAGUGAGUCUUCCCUUUGUACAUUUGAGGAAGCUGUUUCCUCGUAUGAGUUAACUUUAAACCAGGUUAUUUGUCACAUUUGUUCCAGAACAAAGAAAUUCCACACCAUGAGUGUAAUAUCUACUCUUAGGAAGCUAAAUCUUCCAGCAGAUAGAAUUGUUUCUAAGGUACACAUGAACAUGCUGUUAGCUGGUGGAAAAAACAUUUUGGCUGACAUCAUGGCACUGAAACAGGCUCCAUCUUCCUCCCAAUUUUGUGUGAGGUUUUCACCUACCACGGCUGUUGCUAAUAAAAUGUUGGAUCAUGCCAGUAAAAUGUGCUUCUCAGUGCAAGAUUGUGGCAACAUCAAUACUGUUUGGGCAUCACUUAUUAUUGAAGAAUGUUCUCGACUUGGAUUGAUGUAUUUUUGUGUAGCUCCUGGAUCAAGAUCAUCCCCUCUUGCUGUUGCUGCAUCCACUCAUCCACUUAUUACAUGUAUUGUAUGUUAUGAUGAGCGCUCACUUGCAUUUCAUGCUGUUGGAUAUGGAAGAGGAUCUGGCAAACCAGCAGUUGUCAUAACAUCAUCUGGCACUGCAGUUUCAAACCUUUUUCCUGCUGUAGUUGAGGCUAGUCAAGAUUUUGUACCCCUUCUAUUGCUUACAGCUGAUCGUCCUACAGAAUUGCAAGAUACUGGAGCAAACCAAGCAAUCAAUCAGGUAAAUCACUUUGGCUCUUUUGUGCGGUUUUUCUUCAGCCUUCCUGCACCCACAGAUCAGAUUUCAGCUCGCAUGGUCCUUACAACUCUUGACUCUGCUGUCCACUGGGCUACCUCCUCACCAUGUGGGCCUGCUCAUAUUAAUUGUGCUUUCAGGGAGCCACUAGAAAAUAGCCCUAGAAAAUGGAUGUUGAGUUGUUUGAAGGGAUUGAACCUUUGGAUGUCUAAUUCUGAACCAUUUACCAAGUAUAUCCAAGUACAACAGGCUCAUGUGAGUAAUGAUGGUUGUGGCGGUAUGUCAGAGAUUCUAAAUUUAAUUAAAGAGUCUAACAAGGGUCUUCUGCUUAUCGGUGCAAUCCAUUCAGAAGAUGAGAUGUGGGCAGCUUUUCUCUUGGCUAAACACCUUCAGUGGCCUGUUACAGCUGACAUCUUAUCGGGAUUACGAUUGAGAAAGUUUUUGACUAGCUUUCCCGAAGUUGACAAUGAUUUGUUGUUCAUUGAUCAUCUUGAUCAUGCCCUACUAUCAGAUUCAGUCAGAAAUGAGAUCAACAUUGAUGUGAUUAUUCAGAUUGGGAGCAGAAUUACAAGCAAGCGUAUUGCUAAGAUGCUAGAGGAUUGCUCUCCCUGCUCCUAUAUCAUGGUUGACAAGCAUCCAUUUCGUCAUGAUCCAUCUCAUAUUGUAACUCAUAGAGUCCACAACAACAUUUUUGAAUUUGCUGAUUAUGUCCUUAAAGCUGAAAUUCCCCAUCUCAGCAAGGAAUGGACCACUUAUCUUCAAAUGUUGAAUGCGACGGUUGAAAGUGAGUUGUCUUUUCAAAUUUGUGCUCAACACUCCCUAACAGAACCUCAAGUCGCAUACCUAAUCUCAGAAGCACUUUCAGCUGAGUCUGCUCUUUUCAUUGGGAACAGUAUGGCAAUACGUGAUGCAGAUAUGUAUGGGCGUGGUUGGUCACAGUGCACGAGUAGUACUGCUGUCACGAAUUCAAAACCAAAUCUAACCUGUCAGAUGAUUCGGGUGGCUGGGAAUAGAGGUGCAAGUGGUAUUGAUGGGUUACUCAGUACAGCUGUUGGCUUUGCUGUAGGAUGCAAUAAGCGAGUAGUUUGCAUUAUUGGAGAUGUUUCCUUCCUCCAUGAUACAAAUGGCUUAGCAAUUGUGAACCAGAGGACAUUGCGGAAACCAAUGACGAUAAUCGUGAUUAACAAUCAUGGUGGUGCAAUAUUCAGCCUACUUCCUCUAGCAGAUAGAGUUGAACCAAGAAUACUAGAUCAAUAUUUCUACACCUCUCACAAUGUUUCAAUCCGUGAGCUGUGUGCGGCACAUGGGGUGAUGCAUCUGCAUACGAAGACAAGGUUGGAUCUUGAAGAUGCGUUACUCGAAUCUCAACAUGGAGGAAUAGAUUGCGUCAUUGAAGUUGAGAGCUGCAUAGAUACCAAUGCCAGCUUUCACAGUACUUUAAGAAAAUUUGCCUGCCAAGCAGCAGAUCAAGUCAUAACGCCUUCUAGUCAAGACCCGAUAGUAGAUGGCAUUUCACUCUGCAGAGUCCAAAGAAUGGAGUACUCACUAUAUAGAAUGUCACUGUGUGCUCCUCAUACUAUGGUAUCUGCUGAUGGCGGUGCCACUAGCUUCUACAGGGAAGGGUUUAUUUUAACUUUGUAUUUCGAAGAUGGAAGCUUUGGGUUUGGCGAGGUUGCACCUCUAGAUAUCUGCAAAGAAAACCUUCUAGAUGUAGAAGAGCAACUGAGGUUUCUCAUCCAUAUGAUGAAAGGAGCUGAUAUCAGCUGCUGCCCUCCUCUACUAAGAGGUUCAUUUUCAUCUUGGAUACAGUCCAAUCUUGGGAUCCUGCCAUGCACGCUCUUUCCUAGUGUGAGAUGUGGUUUGGAAAUGGCAAUUCUCAAUGCCAUAGCAACUAGACAGGGUUCUGAUUUAUUAGGCAUACUAAAUCCCCAGAAAGCUGGAGAUACAUCUGAAUUAGCAUCAACAGUUCAGAUUUGUGCCCUUGUUGAUUCCAAUGGGACACCCGCACAAGUAGCUGAAUCUAUCGCUACACUUGUUGAAGAAGGAUUUACUGCAGUAAAGAUUAAGGUAGCUCGUUGUGGGAGUCCCUUACAGGAUGCUGCAGUUAUACAAGAAGUAAGAAAUAAAGUUGGAUACCAUAUUAAAAUUCGUGCAGACGCAAAUCGUAAAUGGACCUAUGAAGAAGCUAUCCAGUUUGGUUCCCUGGUAAAGGAUUGUGAUCUGCAGUACAUUGAGGAACCUGUUCGUUGUGAAGAAGAUAUUAUCAAGUUUUGCAAAGAAAGUGGGUUGCCUGUAGCACUCGAUGAAACUAUUGACAGUAUUGGAGAACAUCCACUUAUAAAGCUCUCAAAGUACACCCAUUCAGGAAUAGUAGCUGUUGUAAUCAAGCCGAGUGUUGUUGGCGGCUUUGAAAACGCGGCAAUAAUUGCCCAAUGGGCCCAGCAGCACCAGAAACUGGCUGUUGUUAGUGCUGCAUUUGAAAGCAGCCUAGCUUUGUCAGCAUAUAUCCAGUUCUCCUGUUAUCUCGACCAGAAGAAUUCAGAAAAUUGUGCAUUGAUGAACUAUCCAGCAUCCUCAUCCAUAGCCCAUGGCUUAGGAACUUACCGCUGGCUAGAAGAAGAUGUGACAGCUAGGCCUCUCAAGAUAAAUCGUAAUCCACGUAGUGGGUUUGUAGAAGCAUCUGUUGCUGAUGCUGAUCGAGUUUUGCGGCAAUUUCAAUUCAAUGGGAACAUAAUUCAUAAAAGUUUUACUGGAGAGGAUGUUUGCAUAUACCGAUUGCCUUUAGAUUCAAAGGGUAUAUCUUUCUCCAUCAAAGUUUGGGAGAUUGGACAAAGAAAUGAUGAUAAUGUACUCGUCUUUCUUCAUGGGUUUCUUGGUACUGGUGAAGAUUGGAUUGCUAUCAUGAAGGCCUUAUCAGGAUGUGGGAGAUGCAUUUCUAUUGACCUACCUGGCCAUGGUGGAACAAAGAUACAAAAUCAUGCUCUUAAGGAUGUUCUACAGGCUUCAGGUUUGUCUGUUGAGGAUGUUGCUGAUAUUUUAGGUAAAGUUAUUGCGCGUAUAACUCCUCGGAAAGUUACCCUUGUUGGAUAUUCUAUGGGAGCCAGGAUCGCACUUUAUAUGGCCCUGAGGCUUCCUGAAAAAGUUAAGGGAGCUAUUAUCAUAUCUGGCAGCCCUGGAUUAACAGAUGAAGUGGCAAGAAAAAUUCGUAGAGCUGAUGAUGACUCCAGAGCACGCUUCCUUGUUGCAUAUGGUUUAAAGCUUUUUCUAGACACCUGGUACACUGGAGAGCUUUGGAACAGCUUAAGAGAACACCCUCACUUUCAUCAGAUAGUCGCCGACCGCCUGCACCAUGGAGAUGUGCAGAGUCUUGCAAAAGUUCUGUCUUCUUUGAGUGUUGGGAGGCAGGUGCCAUUGUGGGAAGACUUGAAGCACUGCAGAACGCCUCUCUUGCUAAUUGUCGGAGAGAAAGACAAAAAGUUCAAGAAAAUAGCUCAAGAUAUGUCCCUUGUGAUUGGUAGUGCCAAUGGCAAAUUGACUGGAGAUGAUGGCGUACCCAACGACCUUUGUGAGAUUGUUGAGAUCUCAGAUUGUGGCCAUGCUGCGCAUCUGGAAAACCCACUACCAGUAGUCAGGGCAUUAAGGCGAUUUGUGACCAAACUGAACUGAGGUUUGUUUCAAAGCCAACACCCAUUAAGGAUGAUGUGAUCAUUUGUGGCUUAUAAGGUUGUGUGCUGCCAGUUGUUACCGGUUCUAAGUACAAUAUGCUCGUAAAUAAUUGAUUUUAGUUUUUAUUUUCCCCUCUACUAAGAAAGAGCACAGUUAAUAGUCAUAGAUCCUUCUCAACAUAACUGGUUUCUUUUAUUGGUAACAAUUGUGGAUAUCAGUUUCGAUCUAACGUACCCCAGCUAGAAUGAUUCAGGCCGUAAUGCCGUAUGCAUCAGCAUUGGCCAUGAACAUGUUUGGGGCAUCCCUCGACGCAUGAAAUUUCAUUCACAUAAAACGUGGUGGCAAAUCGAAUAUACAUUUGCAUUCACCAGCAACACAUUCAACCUGCCAUUGUGGGAUGCAAUGGAAGCUUUUGCAGUCCUUGAGACUGGAACAUGUUACGUCCGUCGUCACUGGGUGGUAUUUAGAAUCUGCUCCGCACGAGCAGAUACCAUUUCUACAUACAGCAAGGCGUCCAGCUGGAUAGCAUCUAGUGAAUUUGCAGUCUUCGUUUGUACGACAAAAGUUGACCAUGUCCACCGGAGCAGGUUCGGAUUGUUAUUCAACCAGUGAGCGUGAUCUCGCUGCAGAAGAGAAUGGCUUACCUGCAUGAACACAAUAAUCAACAAGUGUUUGGUUAGUGUACUUGAAGUACAGUUCAGGGCUUUCAG